AAGCAGACACUGUCGUCUCCGUUGCAGAGGAAGAGAGGGCAGGCAAGCAUGCUUCCGUCCUCUCGCCCCUCCCUGGCGGCGGCGUUCACGGAGCAGCAGCUGAAGCAGCUCCGGGCACAGUGCCUCGUGUUCCUUGCUUUCAGGAACAACAUGAUGCCCCGGAAGAAGCAUCUGGAAAUUGCGCUGGGUGAAUGUCCUGGACAAGGUAGCAGUAGCGGCGCCGCCGCCGGAGGAGGAGACCGGCGAGGAGCCGACGGCGACGACAGCCGUGGCGAAACCGGGUGGUCGUCGUCGUCUUCGCCGGUGUCGUUCUCAGCAGCGACUGCUGGGUUGCCACCGCCCGACCUUCUUGGCCUGUCCUCGCUGCGGCUGUCGUCGAGUCCCCAGGGCGGCCGAACCAGAAGAGUGAUACGUCGAGGAGUGGGCAAAAUACAGUGAUUGAAGGGGAUUGCAUCAGAAUUGUUUCGCUCCUAUUUCUAGCCCUUUUCAGCAGUAUCGUCAUCUUCAGACUCUAGUGAUCAGAAGAUGCAUGUCUGGCGUAUUUUUCUUAUUACUCAUGAACAGGAUUGUUCAUACAGGUCCGUACGAUGUGAAUGAUGUCCUUAAAUUCAUAUGAUUCUGAACUUAUGAUCAAAUCGGUUUGUCCUGCCUUACUCC